AUGAGGUAUGCUAUCUUAGAGCGAUCCGAGGGGAAGGAGGAGGGCUGCAGCUCGAUGUAUUCAACACCUAGACCUGAGUCAGAACAGGCCCUGCCGCUUCAGUUCUGCCAGCUGCGAGAGCAGAUCAAGUUCAAGCUGGACGACAACAAACUGGUGUGGCUGCCCUUUCACAUCGGCCAUAUCUCCAAGCUGCGCUUACUGUCAGCAGCCCACAAAACCUACCCCAACCCCCUGGGCCACACCAUCCAGCUCACCUUUCCCCUCGCACUGCAGGAGAUGGCAUCCAGGGCUGUGGCCAACAUCAGUGUGAACUACAUCAAAACAGCAGUCAGCAUGAAUCUGCAUCUCGUCUCUCACACUGUGGUAUUGGUAGAUGACAUGGGAGGCACAGAUGUGCCAGUGCAUCACCACUUUUGCUCCCUAUCGUGUUACUCUGAGUUCCUAGACUGA